CCAAUAACCUUUGACCUCUGGGGAAGCUUCCCGCGCUUUUCUGUCUGACAGAGGAGAGUCGGUCGUGUGAAGAUCAGGUCUUCUGCGCGGGCGCGUAGCUUCAUAAUUCCCAGGAAACAGGCAAGAACCACUACGGUAUCAGACUUCGGCUACAAUGGCAGCAGCACAGAGAACACUGCCUUCGCUUGACUUCUACCAUGAAACACACUCAACCGCCCUCUUGCAGGGUUUGCAGGAACUACGAUCAGACAACUUGCUGGUGGAUGUCAUCCUUUGUGUCUCUGGAAAAGAGAUCCCAUGCCACAGAAAUGUACUGGCUGCUUGCAGUGGAUAUUUUCGUGCAAUGUUCUGCAAUGGACAUCGAGAGAGCAAGGAGCAUAAGGUUACCAUUCACGAGGCCAGCCCCAGUGCCUUGCAGCUUCUUGUCGACUAUGCCUAUACGUCAAAGGUGACCAUCACAGAGAACAAUGCUACAGAACUGAUGGAAGCGGCCAGCUUCUUCCAAGUUCCACCAGUCAGUCAUGCAUGCACAAAGUUCCUUUCAGACAAUCUAAGUGUAACAAACUGUAUGAAGAUUGUAACCUUAGGUGGCAUGCUGAACCCUAAUCUUGAGACGGAGGCAUUGUCGUAUGCGAUGAAAGAGUUUGCAGUAGCCAGCCAAACACCAGAGUUCUUUAACUUGACAAAGGGCCAGUUCAUAAAGCUCAUCUCUUCAGAUGACCUUAAUGCUCCAGAAGAAACUGUGUACACGUCAGUCCUGAAGUGGAUCAACCAUGACACCAGGAAAAGGAAGGAGGAGAUGAGAGAGCUGAUGGAGCUGGUUAGGUUUCCCUUUAUGGACAGGAGGUACUUCAUGGACAAUGUGGAGGCAAGCAAUGCCAUGCGCAAGUGCUGUCCUGAUGUCGUUACAGAAACUGUAAGGAAUUAUGCGUUCCCUGGAGAAGUUAAGUCACCCCGUACCCGUCCCCGCCAUACCAGUGGUCUGAGGGAGGCAGUAGUGGUCAUUGGGGGGUAUGAGAAACUGGAACAGUCUUCAGUUUACAACAACGCCAUCAUGAUGACACACUCCUCUGCACCAUCAAGCACCAGUUGGGUUUCUUUGACCACAAUGAGGAGGAAUGAUGACCAUGGAUUUGCUGUGGCUGUUUUGGGCACAAGUGACAUUGUGGUGUCUGUUGGUGGACUUCAGUGCAGGGACGUUUGGCUGUAUCAUGCAGGACUUGACUCAUGGUCUAAGCUUGCUCCUAUGAACACGGCAAGGGACUAUCACAAGCUGGCAGUGGUGCAAGGCAAAGCCUAUGCUAUUGGUGGCAGAACCAGCGACUCACCUCUACAUCUGACAACUGUUGUGGAAGUCUAUGACAGAAGCCUGAACAAGUGGACUGAAGGUGUUCCACUCCCACAGCCAAGGUACCUACAUGCAGCUGCAGUGUUAGAUGGUAGCAUAUAUGUGAUAGGUGGACGUGGUGCUGAUGACCUCGCAACAUCUACAGUGUACCGCUUCAGCCCAGAAGACUGUCAAUGGUAUUCAGCAAGGGAGAUGCCGUGGAAGGUCAUAUUAAUUAAUGCUUCAGUUCUCAAUGGUAGUAUCUAUGUUGCUGGGCUUCGUUCAGAGGUGCUGUGUUACAGGCCUCAGGAGGACUUGUGGACUGUUGUAGCCCACAUUGAAAAUGGACACAUGUACAUAUGUGGUAUGACUGUCUUUGGUGGGGAGAUAUACAUCUAUGGAGGUGGCGACAAUCAUAACAAUGGAACAACUGACGUUUUGCAGCUUUAUAGCCGAGAAAAGUCACUUAAGAAGGUAGGGACCAUGCCCAAGGGUCUGUUUGGACAUGGUUGUGUCACCAUACUGAAAGGCUGA